AUGGAGCUGGGCGGCCCGGGCCCCGGGCGGCCGCAGCAGGAGUGGGACCAGGACUCGGUCGAAGCAUGGCUGGACGAUCACUGGGACUUUACCUUCUCAUAUUUUGUUAGGAAAGCAACCAGAGAAAUGGUCAAUGCAUGGUUUGCUGAAAGAGUUCACACCAUCCCUGUCUGCAAGGAAGGCCUCAGAGGCCACACCGAAUCUUGCUCUUGCCCCUCGCAGCAGACUUCUCGUGCAGAUAACGGUGCCUCUGGAACACCAACCAGAAAAAUCUCUGCUUCUGAAUUUGAUCGGCCUCUUAGACCAAUUGUCGUCAAGGAUUCUGAGGGAACUGUGAGCUUCCUCUCUGACUCAGAAAAGAAGGAACAGAUGCCUCUAACCCCCCCAAGGUUUGAUAAUGAAGGAGAUCAAUGCUCACGGCUCUUGGAAUUAGUGAAAGAUAUUUCUAGUCAUUUGGAUGUCACAGCCUUAUGCCACAAAAUUUUCUUGCAUAUCCAUGGACUCAUCUCUGCUGACCGCUAUUCCUUGUUCCUUGUCUGUGAAGACAGCUCCAAUGACAAGUUUCUUAUCAGCCGCCUCUUUGAUGUUGCUGAAGGCUCAACACUGGAAGAAGCUUCAAAUAACUGUAUCCGCUUAGAAUGGAACAAAGGCAUUGUGGGACAUGUGGCAGCACUUGGAGAGCCCUUGAACAUCAAAGAUGCAUACGAGGAUCCUCGGUUCAAUGCAGAAGUUGACCAAAUUACAGGCUACAAGACACAAAGUAUUCUUUGUAUGCCAAUUAAGAAUCACAGGGAAGAGGUUGUUGGUGUAGCUCAGGCCAUCAACAAGAGAUCUGGAAAUGGUGGGACAUUCACUGAAAAAGAUGAAAAGGACUUUGCUGCUUAUUUGGCAUUCUGUGGUAUUGUUCUUCAUAAUGCUCAACUCUAUGAAACUUCACUUCUGGAGAACAAGAGAAAUCAAGUGCUGCUUGACCUUGCUAGCUUAAUUUUUGAAGAACAACAAUCAUUAGAAGUAAUUCUGAAGAAAAUAGCUGCCACUAUUAUCUCUUUCAUGCAGGUGCAGAAAUGCACCAUUUUCAUAGUGGAUGAAGAUUGCUCCGAUUCUUUUUCUAGUGUGUUUCACAUGGAAUGUGAGGAAUUAGAAAAAUCAUCAGAUACUUUAACAAGGGAACGUGAUGCAAACAAAAUCAAUUACAUGUAUGCUCAGUAUGUCAAGAAUACUAUGGAACCACUUAAUAUCCCAGAUGUCAGUAAGGACAAAAGAUUUCCCUGGACAAAUGAAAACACAGGAACUAUAAACCAGCAGCACAUUGGAAGUUUGCUUUGUACACCUAUAAAAAAUGGAAAGAAGAAUAAAGUGAUAGGGGUUUGCCAACUUGUUAAUAAGAUGGAGGAGAAUACUGGCAAGGUUAAGCCUUUCAACCGAAAUGAUGAACAAUUUCUGGAAGCUUUUGUCAUCUUUUGUGGCUUGGGGAUCCAGAACACACAGAUGUAUGAAGCUGUGGAGAGAGCCAUGGCCAAGCAGAUGGUCACAUUGGAGGUUCUGUCUUAUCAUGCUUCUGCUGCAGAGGAAGAAACAAGAGAGCUACAGUCUUUAGCGGCUGCUAUUGUACCAUCUGCUCAGACCCUGAAAAUUACUGACUUCAGCUUCAGUGACUUUGAGCUGUCUGAUCUGGAAACGGCACUGUGUACCAUUCGGAUGUUCACUGACCUCAACCUUGUGCAGAACUUCCAGAUGAAACAUGAGGUUCUUUGCAGUUGGAUUUUAAGCGUUAAGAAGAAUUAUCGGAAGAAUGUUGCCUAUCAUAAUUGGAGACAUGCCUUCAAUACAGCUCAGUGCAUGUUUGCUGCUUUAAAAGCAGGCAAAAUCCAGAGCAAGCUGACUGACCUGGAGAUACUCGCAUUGCUUAUUGCUGCACUAAGUCAUGAUUUGGACCAUCGCGGUGUGAAUAAUUCUUACAUACAGCGAAGUGAUCACCCACUGGCUCAACUCUACUGUCAUUCCAUCAUGGAGCACCAUCAUUUUGACCAGUGCCUGAUGAUACUUAAUAGUCCAGGGAAUCAGAUCCUCAGUGGCCUCUCCAUUGAAGAAUAUAAGACCACAUUGAGAAUAAUCAAGCAAGCAAUUUUAGCUACAGACCUUGCACUAUACAUUAAGAGGCGAGGAGAAUUUUUUGAACUUAUAAGAAAAAAUCAAUUCAAUUUGGAAGACCCUCAUCAAAAGGAGUUAUUUUUGGCAAUGCUGAUGACAGCUUGUGAUCUUUCGGCAAUAACUAAGCCAUGGCCUAUUCAACAACGGAUAGCAGAACUUGUAGCAACAGAAUUUUUUGACCAAGGAGAUAGAGAGAGAAAAGAACUCAACAUAGAACCCACUGAUCUAAUGAACAGAGAGAAGAAAAACAAAAUCCCAAGUAUGCAAGUUGGAUUCAUAGAUGCCAUCUGUUUGCAACUAUAUGAGGCCCUGACACAUGUAUCAGAGGACUGUUUCCCUUUGCUCGAUGGCUGCAGAAAGAACAGACAGAAAUGGCAGGCCCUUGCAGAACAGCAGGAGAAGACACUGAUUAAUGGGGAAAGCAGCCAGGCUAAGCGGAACUGAGUGGCCCUCUUCAUGCAGAGUGGACAUUUACAGUGUUCGGUAUUCUGCAUUAAGACUAGUUUUGCUAUACACUGUACAGAUUUGGUGUAUAUUUUCCCACUGCUGUAUUCUUAUUUUUGCACAACUUUUGAAAGCAUAGCAUGAAAUGGUAGUAGAGGAUAUAUUUUUUGUGUAUCUGUUUUAAUGCCACUCAACCAAAAUAAUCGACACCCACUCUUAGCACAUUGAUAAGAGCGCUGUUUGUGGUAUUUUGUGCACUGCAAAUGGCAUUCUUGCACUGAGGAUGUUUUUUGCUU